UCGGCCGGGUGAUUCCUAGGGUCGGUGCCCCCACCGAUUCGUCGCCAUACUCCUCCCACUUUUCUGGGAAUUCAAUCGCCAAGAACACGAACAGCGACGACGAGUAGGGCUAAAAAGCAAUCUGCAACUUGAAUGAGUGCAGGAGGAGCGAAAAAAGUGUGAUUUUGCACGUUUUCGGCAGGUUGGAUCAGGAAUGGAGGAAGUUGGGAUCUUUUGAUACUUUGUGAUGAGAAUUGUGACGCGAGAAGACAUUUGAGAUUUGCGUACGUCUGGAUUCACGAGUUGAUCUUUUCUCAUCCACAGGCAUUUCCAUCUGAUAAUUGAAUAUUGAGCAAUCUUUACAACGUGCUGAAAUAAUUUCCAAGUAAAAUAUGUCGAAUUUCGUUGGAGUCAUCGUCUCUGAUCCGUGGCUCCACAGUCAGUUCACUCAAGUGGAGCUACGAGGUCUUAAAUCUAAGUUUCUUUCCGCAAAGAAGGAGACAGGACAUGUCAGUGUAGGAAACUUGCCCUCACUGAUGGCAAAACUGAAAGGCCUGAAAGAUUUAGUUGCCGAACAAGAGAUUGCAGAGACGUUAAGUGUGUCCUACCCAGAAACUAAUCAGGAACUAGAGUUUGAAUCUUUCCUCAAGGCAUAUCUGGAUCUACUAAGUCGAGCAGCAGCCAAAUUAGGUCAAGCAAAGAAUUCUUCAUCGUUCUUGAAGACAGCUACUACUACACUCUUGCAUACCAUUAACGAAUCUGAAAAAUCAUCUUAUGUGGCUCAUAUCAAUAGUUACCUUGGAGAAGAUUCAUUUUUGAAGAAAUAUCUUCCUUUGGAUCCUGCUACUAAUGACCUUUUCGAUCUUGUCAGAGAUGGUGUUCUCCUAUGUAAAUUGAUCAAUGUGGCAGUACCAAAUACUAUAGAUGAAAGGGCAAUCAAUACAAAAAGAGCACUCAAUCCCUGGGAACGGAAUGAAAACCACACUCUUUGCCUCAACUCUGCCAAAGCUAUUGGGUGCACAGUUGUCAAUAUUGGAACACAGGACUUGGUUGAAGGGCGGCCUCAUUUGGUUUUGGGGUUGAUUUCUCAAAUGAUAAAGAUACAACUCCUAGCAGAUCUCAAUCUCAAGAAGACACCACAACUGUUGGAGGUGAUAGAUGAUAGUCAGGAUGUUGAUGAACUUGUCAGCUUAUCACCUGAGAAAUUGUUGCUAAAAUGGAUGAAUUUUCAUCUGAAGAAAGCAGGAUAUAAGAAAACCGUGUCAAAUUUUUCUUCUGAUGUGAAGGAUGGUGAGGCAUAUGCUUACCUUUUUAAAGCUCUUGCACCUGAGCAUGCCAACACAGACAUUUUUAAUGCUAAAGAUCCUAAUGAAAGGGCAAAAAAAGUACUUGAGCAAGCUGAGAAAUUGGAUUGCAAACGCUACUUGAGUGAAAAGGAUAUUGUUGAAGGCUCUCCUAAUCUGAAUCUUGCAUUUGUAGCUCAAAUAUUCCAGCAUAGGAAUGGUCUAUCAGCUGAUGCUAAGCCAAUCUCCUUGUCUCAGAUGAUGCCCGAUGAUAUCCAGGUUUCUCGAGAUGAGAGAGCUUUUCGAUUAUGGAUAAAUAGUCUUGGUAUUGCUACAUAUGUUAAUAAUGUGUUUGAGGAUGUCAGGAAUGGAUGGGUUCUUCUGGAAGUACUUGACAAAGUAUCUCCCGGAUCAGUAAACUGGAAGCAAGCAAGUAAGCCCCCAAUUAAGAUGCCAUUUAGAAAGGUAGAAAACUGCAAUCAAGUUGUAAGGAUUGGCACAAAGUUGAAUUUUUCACUUGUAAAUGUUGCUGGUAAUGACAUUGUCCAAGGAAAUAAGAAGCUCAUUCUCGCUUAUUUGUGGCAAUUGAUGCGGUUCAAUAUUCUUAAACUUCUGAAGAACUUGCGAUAUCACUCCCAAGGAAAAGAACUAACAGAUGCUGAUAUUCUUAACUGGGCCAAUAGCAAAGUUGAAGGAUCAAACAGAACUCCUCAGAUGGAUAGUUUUAAGGAUAGGAACUUUUCCAAUGGAUUAUUUUUCCUUGAACUCCUUAGUGCCGUGAAACCGAGAGCUGUAAACUGGAAAGUUGUUACAAAGGGGGAAAAUGAUGAAGAGAAGAAGUUGAAUGCCACAUAUAUCAUCAGUGUUGCAAGAAAGCUUGGCUGCUCUGUCUUUUUGUUGCCUGAGGAUAUCAUUGAGGUAAACCAGAAAAUGAUUCUCACUCUCACUGCUAGCAUCAUGUACUGGAGUUUGCGAAACUCCCUACCAUCUGAGGUUAAUUCCAAUGUUCCUGAACUCUUAGCCCAGGAUUCUCCCACACAACCUGCUGCUCCAUCAGACAGAGAAGGAAGUGGUAUUGCAGACAAUAUUUCUGACUUCGACAACGCUGCUCCUGAUACCCCUCAGUCACAGAACAACAAUGUGGCUCUUGGAAGGUGAACAAAAUGGACCACUUUACCCAAGAAGUUUUUGGCAGAUAAUACAAGUUUCUUCAUACAUUUGCGCAUUGCGAACUAUUUUUUUCCUUCAACAGUGUAAUACAAGUUUCUGUGUUUUUUUUUUCUUCUGCGUAUAUAGAUUCAUUUGGGUGGCAGGGAAGAUGAAUAGGUAGCCAAUAUCUUUAAUGGCUAGUUGUUUUUGCUAUAGUUAUUCUUUGACAAAAUAUUCAAAUAACUGAUUGGAAGCUCCAAUUUUCUGCUUAUAAGCUAUACGGAUACAUAUUUUCAUGGCAUGGUAUAUUAUGCCAUACAAGUACAAUGAUCAUGAUUUUAGCCUGUAGACAUU